CCUCUACAUAGUUUCAAUUGAGAAAUCAAAGCGAAUAAACAUAGCAAACUAGCUAAAGUGUUUUAGCAAAACAAAACUGAAUAAAAACAAGUUUUUACCAAGUGCAUAACAAACAUUAUAAGAAUAUUGAGAGUUUAAUUGAAUAUAAAAUAUUUGAAAGUACAAGAAAGCCAUAAAAAUGGUUGCAAUUGGAAUAGAUUUGGGAACAACAUACUCCUGUGUAGGAGUAUUCCAACACGGAAAAGUGGAAAUCAUAGCGAACGAUCAAGGUAAUCGCACAACACCAAGCUAUGUGGCGUUCACCGACUCCGAGCGGCUCAUUGGUGACGCUGCGAAAAAUCAAGUUGCCAUGAACCCAAAGAACACAGUGUUUGAUGCCAAGCGAUUGAUUGGACGAAAAUUUGAUGAUUCCAAAAUCCAGGCGGACAUGAAACAUUGGCCUUUUACAGUGGUCAGCGAUUGUGGAAAGCCCAAAAUUAGUGUUGAAUUCAAAGGAGAACAGAAAAAGUUUGCUCCCGAAGAAAUAAGUUCAAUGGUGUUAACGAAAAUGAAGGAGACUGCUGAGGCGUUUUUGGGCACAACUGUAAGAGAUGCAGUCAUCACGGUACCUGCUUACUUCAAUGACUCACAGCGUCAGGCCACCAAAGAUGCUGGUGCCAUUGCAGGACUAAAUGUUCUCCGAAUUAUUAAUGAACCCACAGCGGCCGCUCUAGCAUAUGGACUGGAUAAGAAUCUUAAAGGCGAACGCAAUGUGCUCAUAUUCGAUUUGGGUGGUGGUACUUUCGAUGUUUCCAUUUUAACCAUUGAUGAAGGUUCACUGUUCGAAGUGCGUGCAACAGCUGGCGAUACUCACUUGGGUGGAGAAGACUUCGACAACCGAUUGGUGAAUCACUUUGCCGAAGAGUUCAAAAGAAAAUACAAAAAGGAUUUGCGAUCGAAUCCUAGAGCGUUGCGACGAUUAAGGACAGCAGCUGAACGUGCGAAACGUACACUGUCAUCCAGCACAGAAGCCACCAUCGAGAUUGAUGCUCUAUAUGAAGGAGUAGAUUUUUACACAAAAAUCAGUCGAGCGCGGUUUGAGGAGAUGUGUGCUGACUUGUUCCGCAGUACAUUAGAUCCAGUAGAAAAAGCCUUAAACGAUGCCAAAAUGGACAAAAGUCAAAUCCACGAUAUUGUCCUCGUUGGUGGUUCAACUCGCAUUCCCAAAGUACAAAACUUGCUACAAACAUUCUUCGGUGGAAAGAGUUUGAAUCUUUCAAUCAACCCAGACGAGGCGGUAGCAUAUGGUGCAGCGAUUCAGGCAGCCAUACUAAGUGGUGAUAAGAGCAGUCAAAUUCAAGAUGUACUCUUGGUCGACGUAGCACCGUUAUCACUGGGAAUUGAGACUGCUGGUGGAGUGAUGACCAAAUUGAUUGAGCGGAAUAGUCGAAUUCCAUGCAAACAGUCUAAAACCUUCACAACGUAUGCAGACAACCAACCAGCCGUCACCAUUCAAGUUUUUGAGGGCGAACGUGCCAUGACCAAAGACAACAACUUGCUGGGCACAUUCAAUUUAACUGGAAUUCCACCAGCACCUCGAGGAGUACCCAAAGUAGAUGUAACAUUCGAUUUGGAUGCUAACGGAAUUCUGAAUGUAACAGCAAAGGAGAUGAGUACCGGUAAUGCCAAGAAUAUAACCAUAAAGAACGAUAAGGGACGACUUUCACAAGCGGACAUCGAUCGUAUGGUUAACGAAGCAGAGAAAUAUGCAGAGGAAGAUGAGAAACAACGUCAACGUAUAGCAGCUCGCAGUCAACUUGAAAGCUAUGUGUUUGGUGUAAAACAAGCAGCUGACGAAGCUGGAAGCAAACUAAGUCAACAAGAUAAAGAACGAGUGCUGGAGAAGUGUAACGAGGCUAUUAAAUGGUUAGACGCCAAUACUACCGCCGAAAAGGAGGAGUUUGAGUAUAAGCUGGAGGAGCUGACGAAAAUUUGUAGUCCAAUUAUGACAAAGAUGCAUCAGCAAGCAGGGGGUGCUGGUCCACAACCUGCUAAUUGCGGUCAACAAUCUGGUGGUUUCGGUGGAGGUACUUAUGGUGGACCAACAGUCGAAGAAGUAGACUAAAUUCUAAUUUUCAGUAUUAUAUUAUUAAUUUAAUUUAAAUUAAUUUAAUUAUUAAUUAAAUUUAAAUGCUAAAGAAAUAAAGACUUAAUUUUAGUUCCUAUGUAUUAUAUUAUAACGGAUUCCAAAAUCUAUCGUUAACGCUGAAGCUCUACCCUGAAUUCGAUCACUGGAUUGUCAAAUAAAAGUCACACUUUAAUGGCUACACACUAAUCUUUAUUUAUUUAUUAUUUAUUACAAAAAAGUGUGAUUGUUGCUGAAUGAAAGAUUUGUUAAUUAAUGGGAUAAUUUAUUUUAAUAAUUUAAUAAAGCCGACUACUUUUAAAAAAUGUUUAAAGAUAAAACUUGUUUUUUUCAUAUUUCCGGAAGUGCCACAGGUUCCUGUCAGUUGUAGUUUAGAACUGCUCCAUUGUAAGAAGAAAAUUAUUUUUUCAGAUGAUAUAUUUGUUACUUGUAAUAUAAUUCAUAAUUUCUAAAUGCAUAAUAAAGGAGAGCUAAAAUCGUA